AGCAGGCGUGUGGUCGCAGUCGAGGUCGUGUCUGUACUUUAAUUGGUCGUAGAGAUAAUUGUAGUCAGCUCUAGAUUUCUUUUUCUUCAGUGUUUUACUUGCGAGCCUCCUGUUGAAGAACCAAGUACAUUUCUUACCCACAUGGACUACUUUUUGACAUAGCUUUUUUUGUCAUAAUUUAAAUUUCGCAAAGAACAGCAAGCCAACAUGCCGCGCAGCAAGAGAAAUCGGGUGGUCACCUUGUCCAAGGUGAAGAAGUCGGACGCAAAAGACAAGAAAGACGACCUCAUCGAGAAAAUUCAGGAUGCUGUGGAAAAUCACAAAUACUGCUUCGUUCUCAUAUCCCGAGGAAAAAACUUCAAAAAUCAACCGCAUCUUCAUGUCCCCGUGAGUACUCGUCACAGGGCAAGAAUCUACCUGUAUUGAAUAAAAGCAUAUGGGUCUACUGGCCGACGAGGAAUAGUAAGUACAUAAAUUUGUUCACUACCACGAGUUAUUCUUGUCGAGCCGUUGUAUUGAUCAAAGAAGGUACGCGCACACGCACGACACCAGUCAUCAUUAUUUUGCCCUCAAAAUGGAUCUUUCCAGGCCUGGAAGUAUAGAUACCUAGUGCGCACUUAUCAUGCUUUGGCUACUAUGUCUAUAGCUUGGAUUUUGCAGUGCGUAGAAGUCGUGGAAUAUUUAUUUCUGUGUGACGAGCAGUACAGCACCGGGGCGGGGGGGCGGGAUGAUUUUUGACUUUCAUAUCCCAACGUGGAGAACCAGAGAAACGAACUUUUGAAGGAAGUGCGAGCCUUUUUCAGCAAGCAGCAAGACGGGAAAAAAGGCGUGCUAUUCAUGGGAAACAACAACAUCAUGCGGCUGGCACUCGGAAACAGUGUCGAAAACGAAAUCUUCGAAAAAAUAUCGCACCUGGCCGAAAAAAUCCAGAACGAAUGCGCAUUACUGUAUAAAACUGAUAGAAGAUAAUUUUUGAUUGCAGUUAUUUUUUUUUUUGGUUGUUUUAGCUUCCUAAUACAGAAAAAAAAAUCUCCUAUUAAACUCGAGACUAAAACAAGUGCGGCGUAAGAUGAAGACUGAAUGAAUUUGAUCACGACCCCGAACCAAAAAUCAAAAUAGGUGCUGCGACAUGGAGCCCUCUGAAGUGCAGCGAUUUUUCAUGGAAUUCCAGAGGGAAACCUUCGCGCGGGCCGGCCUCGUCCCAUCCGAACAAUUCGUCAUACCGAAGGGGGAAUUGGCGUAAGAUAUCUUACACAUUUAAAAACUUUCCUGAUGAAAUAAUCAAAUUCGUUUUUUGCUAUUCACAAAGUGUAAAUGAAGAAUAACGCACUGGAGAUAGCUCCAUCUGCUUCAUUGUCAAGUCGCGGAUCUGUCACUGCCGGCACUCCUAACUAGGAGUGCCGGCAGUGACAGAUGAUCCGCGACUUGACAAUGAAGCAGAUGGUAACAAAUGACCCGUUAACUCGCGCCCGCGAGUUAGCCGUCCGCCCGGCCGGGCGGACGGUUAACUCGCGGUUAGAAAUGUACCGACAAAUCGAAAGGUAGCACAAAUUUGAAUCGAAGUGCUCGCCAAUCCUUGGCGAGCACUUCGGGGUAGAUUUGCACCACAAUUCGAUUUGUCUACACUUCUAACCGCGAGUUAAUCGCCCGGCCGGCCGGGCGGCCGGCUAUCUCGCGGGUGCGAGUUAACGGGUCAUUUGCUACCUCGCUUAACUUGUUGUUGCUCCGCAGAUUCUAUUCGUGCAAGGCUAAAAAAUAUUUUAUUCUACGCAUCACCAUAUCCUCACAACAGGCUUCCCUUUUCCAUGGAGCAACACCUUCGCUCCCUGGGGCUUCCCACGAUAUUGAAGGACGGGAAAAUCCAGAUGCUCAGCGACUACACCGUGUGCACACCGACCAAGCCACUCACCGUGGACCAGUGCCAACUUUUGAAGCUGUUUGAGCAGAAGCUCGCGCUUUUCAGAAUGCAGCCCAUCGGCGUGUGGAGCAAGGAGGGAGCCAGCUAUCGGAACAUCAAUGCACCGACAAAGUGAACAAAUAAAGGAGGUGGAGGUGGAGGUGGAGCUCAGUCGUGUACUUGGAGAAUUUCUGUUGCGGGGCAAAAAUGAUGAGACAGAUAUUGGACACUCGCACUACUGGGUUCUCACACUAGUACCCGAAGCAACUUUCGCUCUCUUCGUGUCUCCGGUGCGCUCCCGUUCUUUUCCGUACACAAUCAGAAGAUAUAUAAGUACUUGCAACAACAUAAACAUAAUACUCAAGAAAAUUAUAUAGAAGAUGGGCAGAAGCGGGCAGAGC